CUAUUUAGCUGCAAAGCAAGUAAUUUUGAAGUCCACAUGGACCUGAAAAAAGCUAGAAAGCCAAAGAGCUAGAAUACCUGCUGAAAGCCUAUACAUGCUGUUAAUGACCAUACUGAAGGCUAUAUAGAGAUUGCAAGACCUCCAACUCCAAGCCAUGGCAUCCCUGGACUUAAAUCACACUGUGCAACUACCAGCCCUGACACACACACCCACCCCCCUACCCCUACCCAAGGUCCAACAAGGUGGCCUCUUCCAUGGCGGUCGUCUGUCCUGGUCAGUGGGUAAUGGAGUUUUGUACGUCAGCAACACGUCUACAGGAAACUGCCUACAAAACUGGGCCCCCUCCAGCCCUGGAGAAGAGGUUACCAUAGUAUCAGAGCUCAGGGGACCUAAAGGCUCACUGUUAGUGGUGGCUUUAGAGGGGUACGGCUGUCACAUGAUAGGAGUACUCUCAUCCAAUUGGGGCAAACUAAUCCGAGGUGUCAGCGUUCCUGAUAAAAUUACUUCACUUCAUCCGUUCAAUUUCGACGGAUUUUCUAAACAAUGUGAUGAAAGUUAUCGCCGUCCCGAUAUACUCCCAACUUCAGUUCUCUCGUUAUUUAACGGUAUUGUUGCUAUAGGAACUGUAGGUGGGCGUAGUUACCUAGUAGACCUCCAGUUGGGCUUGGGUGCUUCUUCCGAUGACUGCCUCAACAAUCCAUCGCCAUUGCACACAAUCGAGGGACCAGUAACUGAGGGAGACAUUGCAAGCAUGAGCGAGUCAGGGCAUGUCACUGUGGAGAUCAGUAAAGGACGCUUUCAGAGAGGCAAAUUUAUAUACGACCAAUCUCUCCUAUCAACCUCGUCCGUUAUCGUCACGGCAAUGUACUUUGCACCCCAGAUUUCUGCCCUAUUUGUCGGCUAUUCGUUUGGGGGGUUCCAAAUGUACGACUUAUCGUCCUUCCAACUCCUCCACACGUGUGCUGUGUCAGCACCCCUCCCCCCUGUCACACACUUCACGUAUGUGGAGCCAGAGAACGACCCUCGGAAGUUUGUCUAUGUGUGGGUCAUGAGGGGGAAUUCCCGUUUUGUGGAGGGGACUAGCUGUGGGGCAAGUGCCUAUCUCUACCAGAUGAUAUUUGCUGAGAAGACAAAUGGUCCGGGUGGCCACACCCACUAUCGUGGAUUCCAGGGGUGUGGCCUACGCUUUGAGCACAUUCUCAACGACAACCCUCACAGUGUGAUGGAGCGUAUUGGGUCGAGGGUACUGACUUGUGCCACGCCCACUAGACAUCGCCAGGAGCAACCAGGACACUCGUUGGAGCUUGACUUGUCGCAGGCUGUACUUGUGUGGAUGGUUCCUUCUCAAACCUCAAACUCUGAGGUUGAUUGGAGUGUGUUUGUGGGCCUGUUCGAUGUCAACCAAUGGUAUCACUCCCAGAUGCCUCGUUGCAUUCGCUGGAAGGCCAAGGGCAAGUACACCGGUGUAUUUGGCUGCUCUUACCUCUCCUUCUACAACGUCAGCUCAGCUCUGCCUGCUAGUUCAGACUCUACUGUAAUGGAUGUACUGGUGGAGCGCCUCCUACCGUUUUAUUCCAACCCUCCCAUGCCAGAAACAUUCAUGUGGCCUUCAGCUGCACAGUUCAAUCUUAAGAUUCUGACUGAUUCCUCGCUGGCUGCUUGUCAGUGUCUCGGUAUACAGAGAAUGGUCCUCAGACAGUUGGACGAGUGCCGAGGAUCAUUGUAUGCACAGCCGGAAGUGUUGUUCCAACUGUGUGCCCACACGGAGCUCCUCCCACCAUCUUAUGACCACACCCCCUCGAGAAACCUCAGUUCACAGAGGGCGGCUCUCCUGGGUGUAGUCAUUAGCCACGGUGCACACACUCGUAUUCUCACAUCAUUUGCUGACAGCUGGGCAGGGGCGGGAGGGGAUGACCCUGUUAUUAGUCAGUGGGUGGAGUCUACUAGAACUGAGCUGGAGCAAACAAAAAAGUUAAUAUACGCUAAAUGCUUCAGUGAAGACCCUUCUCCUACCCCCCUCUCUGGUCACUGGAGGAGAAUGGCCGCUAUAGAGGUGUUCCUGGAGCGUCUGCUCAGCCGUGGGUUCCAGAUGGAGGGCCGGAGGACAGGGGUGCUUUACCAGGCUGUGGGUCAACUACGCCUUAUGGUGGCAAGGCACAAGAAGGUGAUGGAAGUGAUUCGGUUCCUUAACGAGGAGGGGCUGGCGUGUGAUUACCCCGCAGCUGCCCUCAAGCGAAGAUAUGACAUGCUCAGGGGAGGGUCUGAGCUGGGGAACAAGCUAGCUAUUGAUUGUCUUAUCGAGGAUCACCAUGGCAAUGGAGAUGACUCCGCCCCCUUGUACCCCCCUCUGUCACUGCUAAACUACAUGGAGUUCUUAAUGACCUUCGACCCCUUGAUACAGCACUGUCUUGUGCUGUAUCUACUAGCGGACCUCGGCUCACUGACCACACCCCCCCACUCCCCCCAGUGUCGCUAUGCAGCCUCUCAUGAGUUACCCAGUGACCUCCUCAACACAAUGCACUCUCUGUGGCUGGUGGAUAAUGUCAAGUUUAAGGAUCCAGCAUAUCAGAGGGAAGCCAAUGUACUGUUCAUGAGGACCUCACCCCACUCGUUAUUUCCAUGGCAACACGGAGUGAUAUUGGAGCGGUUGAUGCAGUAUGGUGAAGUGGAGGGUGCUCUGUCGUACCUCCAGACACACGGACAGACAAUGCAAGGACUGGAGGAACUCAAGCUCAAGAUAGGUGUCUAUGUUGGUAACAGCCUGGUGACACCCGCCUACCACUUACUGAGUCAGUUCGAGGGCUCUGAGAAUUAUGACCAACUGUUCAAGUUCUUCCUCGAGUGCUGUGUUGAAGGCAAGUGUCUCAAUCUUAUACUGGACCUCCCCCUGUCAUCGCUGGCCGAGACGACUGCUGUGCUCUAUUUAGAACAGCACACCCAACUCAUUUGCCGGGAACUACUCGUGUUCUAUUUUGCCACUCGCCACCGAUUCGUGGAAGCCCUAGCAAUGCAAGAAAAUAUUCGCCCGUUUGCCAAAUCUGACCCGGACCCAAAUGCCAUGGUAAAGUGUGGUCAACGUGAUACUCUACUGGCGGGACUCGCAAGUGUCGUGCCCUCUUCACUACAUCACGUUAAAUUGACACAUGACGAUCUCAGAGGUCAGAGCUCAAAGGUCAAGGUACAGGUGGACAAGAGCCUUUCGUCUGUGGUUGCCAAGGCAGUGAAGUACGAGGGUGUGGCUGGAGGGGGCGGGGAAGUCUACUCACUCAUACAGACCCUAGCAGAAAAGAGGUUGGCCCCCAGUGACCCCAUGACCCCUAUUCGACCGUCCAGGACGAGUGUCACCGUGCUAAGCCACACCCCUUUCCUCUCCACUCCCGUAUCAGUCAAGAAGAUAAGAGUGCCAAUGACUGGCAGUAGACCACACCCAGUGCUUACUCCGACACCUCGCUCUCGACCUCUAACCCCACAUCAAAGCCACACCCACCAGCAAUUCGUAUCCCAUAUUCAAAGCUUCAAGGACCGCAUGGCCUCCAUGUUGAGCCACUCCGGUACCAGAGGAUUGGAUCUGUCUGGUGUACAAACACCUUCCCCCAUGAAGGCAGGUCAGUUGCUCCGCCCAGUUCUCACACCUACCUCCAUUCUCAAGGGCUCUCGCUCAGCCUCCAAACUCACAGACAAGAGAAUCAGAUUUGCUGUUGAAAGUUCCCCCUCCCCAGAGAAAGAAAGACCGCGACAAGUCUACACUCCGUUUGCUCCUUCUUCACUGAGUACGACCACAUCUAUUGCUAUGACGACACCCCUCCCCUCUAGCGAGGAUGAUGACGAUGUGUACGAGUCGCCAGUUGAAUCACCCUCACAACUCCACACCCCCACACCCUCACAACUCUACACACCUGCCCACUCGCCACCCCGCUUGCCAACUAAACUUGACUAUCACGAUGCCGAGAACACACCCACCAAGGAGACUGCUGCUAUUACCAUAGAAACUAGCGACUCUUCCUCUUCUGAAGAUGACACUGACGAAAUGGAUAAUUCUAUUGCAGAAGAAGAUGUCUCCAUUGUCGAACAAGAAGUUUCUGAUGAAGAAACAAGCAUUCUUCAAAUAAGCCAGCCUGUUGGAAACAUAUCUGGACCAGCUCCAACCAAAACCUCUCCCUUCCAAGACAUAGCGCUAACCAGAGAGAAGCUUGUCUCAAGUGUAUCCCCGAAACACGAUCCGAAGACUAGGGAAAUGAAACCAUCUCUCUCUUCUCCAGCGGGCACAUUCAGACUGCCGAGAGGGGGACUAUCAUCCAGCGUGUUGUUGAAGCACGAGAGCUCUGUGGGCAGUACUAACACGUUCUCCAGUCCAUUCACUAGAAACCCUCAGAACACUACACCUGCUGUUAGUAACUCCCGCCUGUUUGCCCCUGUAACCAAGGCGAUGACCCCUGCGUCCCAGUUCUUCUCUCCCGUGCCUUACCUCAGUGAUCUUAUUCAAGCUAAGAAGGAUAAACUCCAUUCUUCCUUCCAGCAAUUAAAGCAGCGAGAUCUCGACAAUAUUAAAACACCUCAGAGAACGACCUCUCCGAUGGUCAACCAGUCGUCCUUUUCUGCCUCCAUGGUCCCUAGUGUGGGUGUGGCCACAGGCUCCUCGUACAAUUUCUCUCCGCCCACUCAAGUUCAGGUUGACGCCCACACCAUCAAUGUCACACCACCUGAAGAUUCUGAGUCGAUGUCCUUUGUGUUUUCCCCACCCCUGACACGGUCUGCUGCACGUAGGAAACGAGAUGAUUCCUUCAGUGUGUCUAGGGAGAGCAGUGUGGAGCCCACCCUGCCCCCCUCUGGGGGGAGUGAGGUCAGGAGGAAGUCAAGAGGAAGACCUCGGAAGGUGCCCCUCCCCCCUAAUGAUGACCCCGUGACCCUGGUGACUCCACCCACUGCACCACGCCUACUCAGAGAGCAGCCUAAGAAGUCGAAACCUCGAGUCAAAUCUGGCAUGGCCAGCCGUAGAAGUGCAAGGUUGCUGAGUGGAAAGAAAUAACUCGCAAUUAAAAUUCUUGGUCGUUCUAAAUUGAGUUAUGUCCAAUCUAAUAAUUAUAAUGCAUAUCUUAAUUGUUUGUGUAAAGCUACUAGACUAUAAACUUGUACACUAAUUAAUUUUUGGCUAUAAAAUUAUGCGAGAUAUUUCAGUGUUAUGUCUUCGAUUGGUAUGAAUACGUGGAACUUUUAA